GUGCGUGCGCCAGUGCAUAGUAAGUAGCAUAGGCUAAAUAUAAAAGUAGGCUGACUCAACGUUCGUCGCUUUCGCGGUGCCACCUCCUCGCAACUCAUCGACGUGACUAGAUUGAGUAGUUGGAACUACUCUCAAAUCUAGGUGCAUUAGUCACCCUCUCAAUUUCUUCUCGUCUUUCCAGCCUUUCCUCCUUUCCAAGCAAUGGUAACGCAACAGUCAAGUGGUGGGACGGGGCGGUGCUGAUAUUUUUUUUUCUGCCGUUGAUGGCCGCGUGUUCGGCUGGCGGAUUCUCCAUCAAAUUUGCGGCUUCCAAAGACACUUCCUCGACUAUGUCGACCGCGUGGGCCGCCGCGCUGCUCGUCGUUUUCUCCUGCGCUGCGACAAUAACUGUGCAAGGAAAAGCUAUUGAGAAUCACUUGGACAUCUGCAGCGGAGUGGUGUGCAGGCCCGGUAGGACCUGCCAGAUACUCGACAACGGGCUUCCAUCCUGCCAGUGUGUUCACCACUGUCCCGCCACAACAAAGCCCGUUUGUGGUAGCAAUGGAGUUUCGUACGAAAACCACUGCUUGCUGCACAGAGAUGCCUGCCUUCGGCAGGUCCACAUAUCCAUCAAGCACAAGGGGCUCUGCAAGAGAUCAAAGGUGAGGCCACCUCACCACAAGCAUUCACAGAAGCCAGUUGUUUGCCUCCAACAUGAGAGAGACAGUCUCCGCAGGAAAUUUGUCGAGUUGCUGGAGGAUAAGGUGACAUCAGGUAGGCACUACACAUCAGUGGUGGCAAGCACCUUCAGGAACUGCGACCGGGAUGCGGACGACGUUCUGGACACCCAUGAGCUGCUGAGUUGCAUUAGACGAAACCACACGGCCUUCCACACAUGGCUUGGACACAGGGGGGAAUCGGUCGGGACACUCUGCAUUGAUGCCAUGGUCGAGGUUGCCGACAGAAACUCUGACUGGGUAUUAACAAUGAAGGAGUUCCAGGCUUUCAUGGCGCCCAACUAUCGUGCACCAGUGAAGGAGUGCCAUUUGGACGGCAAGCGCUACAAAGAUGGCGAAGAAAUUGUCAUUCUCUGCAGUAUCUGUGUGUGCACUGGUGGAGAUUGGACCUGCGCUGGAAAUAUCUGUGAAACCAAGGCCCACAAAAAGGAAAAGAAAGGCCAUCAUCAUCAUGGCAAGAAUGAGAACAGCAUUCCCCACCAGAAGUGGGAACAGCUUCUCAAGGACUUGAACAGUUAAUGAUGUGUUGUGCAAUUCGAAUGUGGCUGCAACCUCGCUAGAGAACAUAAUCGACCAGCUGUAGUGCUCUAGUAUUAACCAAGAAGCAGUAUUCUGCCGUCAUAUGUACAGGCAGAUUUGUUACGGCAUUUUCAGCUUUUUUUUUUAUACAAAAUGUAGUUCUUGUUUAGAUAAGCCAUGUUUUGCUGGCUAAUACUCAGUAUUGUUCCUGAAAACUUUGUUGAUUAAAGAUGUUGCCUUUUGCCAGAA